AUUUAUGCUGGGUUGUGUAGGGGUGAGCCAGCUUGCAACCUGCAACUGCAAGGCUGCAACCGGACGUGGAUGGGGACGUGGCAAAAGAGCUCAACGACCUCAAGCCCAUAUAGCACUUCCUCCCCUUCACAGAGCAUAUACAGUCUGUUUUACAUACGCCUCAAACCUACUUGGGAAGGCCAGCUUCUUGCUGAGCUUCUUGAGCCUGACUGUAAGAGUCCACGCUGCAAGUCUCCAACCCCAAAUCGUCUCCUAUAUAUCAAGCAGCUUAUUAUAACCUGCGAACGAUGAGCGAGCCUGAGGGGGUGGGCAUGCCCGGCCAGUUCACGCUGGGAGGGCGCCGGCGAGGGCCGCUGAAGCGGUUUUACAAAAUUGCUCUCAAGACGUUUACAUUUGGGCUGGCUGGACGGGGCGGCAGGGGUGGCGCGGUCGGAGCUCGGCGACGCGGCCGGGGAGCUCGCGGACCACCGCUGGCGAGCCUUUCAGCGGCGAUUCUCGAGCCAGCUGAUGUAGACUUGGAUGACGGGUACGGGCCGUCCACGGGCCAGCCGCUGGCACUGACGACGACAGGAGUGCCGGGCAUGUCGGUGCUCACCCCGGCAGCUGGUGUAGCGAGUUUCCCCCUGGCCAUACUCCCGCCCGUGCACCCCGAUAGCGAGGUCCCAUCCGGGCUUUAUGAGCACCACUCUCACAUUCGCAGCCUGCACUACCACGGACACGCGGAGCACCUCGCCCACAACCAACAGAACCUGAGCCAGCUCUGGAACCGAGCCCGCCAGCCCCACCAUGCGCACGCGCAGCCGCACCAGACGUCGCACCACCAGGCCACACAGCUGUGCACCUGCGGAGGCGCCAGUACUGGGAUGGAUUGCAGCGCCGCCUGCGCGGCGUCAGCCGCUGCCGACCCCGACCUGCUGUCGCAGCCGCUUCACGCAAAGCACGGCCACGGCUCGCACUCGCUUCAGCACCUGCUGGCGACGGGGUCGCGGCAGUGGGGCAGCAGCAGCUGGUGGGACGGGCGGUCGAUGCUGAAGGUGAAGAUUUACGACUUCGCCUUGUACGCGGACACCACCAAGGCGCGGGAGGUGCUUCGGUCGGGCCUGCCAAGCUUUGCUCCGGGGGGUACCGGGUCGGCGCUGAUAGCCCGCAGCUCUAGCGGCGGCGGCGGCGGCAGCCCCACAGACCUGCUGGUGCCGCCCGCUAGCGGCGUGGGCUUGUCGCUCACCAUCCGGGCAUGCCGCAACCUGCCGCUGCCGCUGCUGGGCGCCGAAUUCGAGCGCAUCCUGCAGCGCCGACACGAAAAGGCCGGCGGCAGGGCGGACGACCCCGCCCUGCGCGAGCUGCUGAGCUACUUCAGCCGGGAGCGGCUGCCCGCACACGUGGUGGUGGGCGGCGGCCCCGGCAACAGCAGCGAGCCGGCGGUGCGCAAGGGCGCGGCGAUCACCUUCAGCCGCAGCUCCAGCGGCGAGCUGGUGACGGAGGCGGGCGGGGCGCUGCUGGGCCGCGUGCGCUCGCCUGCACUGGCGGAGGCGCUCUUCGACCUGUACAUGGGCGAGAUGCCAGUCAGCAAGAAGGCCAAGGCCGCGGCCACCACGGCGCUGCUUCAGCUGGCGGAGGGCGGUGACUCGCCCUACCGCCUGCAGCCCGGCGAGCGGCUGCUGUGCGCGCCGGGUGCCUCCCCCACCAGCCAGCCCAACGCCUGCGUGCUGGCGUCGUCCUGAAGCAGCCGUGCAACUCCUGACUGCGCUGUGGCUGGGGCGGCGACCGCCUUCCUUGCCUGAGCGGAGGGGGUGGCGCCUCUGCAGACUGCGGGCAGCAGGGGGGCAACGGAGAUGCGGCGCGUGGCGAUUGGUGUGGGUGGCGCCGCACCGCUCCGUGCCGGGCAGUCGUCAUUUAUGAAGUAAACAGUGUGUAGAAGUAUUGCGCAGCCGGCAUAUGAGCUGUUUGUGUGCCGUAGGCAAUGAAUAACAAUGUGUAGGUCAAUGCGGUAUUGGUUUUGCGAAUAUCGUUUGGUUUACCACGCAAUUGUAUUCUUCCCACCACGAGUUUGGACCACGCGGAGCAUUGUUUGUGCACCAUUCCCAACCGGGUGUCGAACCAUGAAGGCUUCGUCAUGGGCUCCGGGUGUUUGGCUUAGUGUGUGCGCGAGUGGGUAUGAAGACGCCAAUCUCCUAUUCGUGUAUGUACAUUUACAGAGGUCGGAGUCAGCCGAAUGGUUGGUUUGUCAGUUCAGCUGUGUCACGUGGCGGGCGAAGUGCGGAAUGUCGACGGACAUUAAGUCAAGCGGUCGGUCAUACGGAUUAAUAGCAAGGUAAGAUGGCGGAGGGCCUUUCACUAGGCCUCCGCAAGCAAGAAUGCUUGCACUUGUUUGCUGGGGACGGGCAAGGCGGCAUGUAGCCAGAGCGUUUUGUGAGUGUGAUGCAUGUGUUAGUGUUUUGGCAAAGGUGCCUCGAGACGAAGACGCGAGUGAUUGCGUUUGUGGUCUGUAGGAGUGCGCGUGUGCAAGAGUCGCGGUCGAGUGCUGCAAAUGAGUGGCGCGAGUGCUGCCUAGCCGGGUGCACGGAUACUGAAGUAGAGGAUGGGUUCGGACGGUUUGCACGGGUCUGCCGGUGUGGUUGUAAGCGUGGGUGGGUCAAGGGUACCGCAAGAGGGUCCCCUCGCCACGUUUGGCACCUACUGUGCGCCCUGGUACAUCGUAGUACAGCGCAGCUGUGGGAUGAGGGGGCAGGCGGCUGAAGCUCCUCUGGAGGCCGUGUGCAUGAGCAUGAGGCACACACCGGAGAGGGCCACAGAGCCCGGAGUUGUUUAACCCAUGUUGUUGACGCCCCAGGCUCGCGUCUCCAGGCGAGUCCGAACUGAGACGAUGCAAUAGGGCAAGGGCAAGUAUCUGAUACAGC